AUGGCGGCGCUGGAGAAUUCUGUGCAGCAGCUGCUAAACAGCGCAGGUCGGGUCUUCUAUGGGAGCUUUGAACACCGUCAACAAACAAACCAAUUUGACACACACACUAGAAAUCCAGAGAAGUCCAAGGAUAGCACCAGUGCCCUGCUAGGACCCGACGUUGCUGGGCUGUCUGAGUCCUUGAAGACCGUCAUGGAGCAGGAAAUGAAACCAACGAUGCGCACUGCCAUGGUGGAUCUGCAAAAGGAGCUCGACGCACAUUACAGCUCCGGAUACACUAGGCAAGGUGUGAACGGGGGAUUUGCAGCCUGUGUAAAGAGCCGAGCCAAUUGGCUGCCAUGGGCUUUGGCGAAAGACAAGGGCCCGGAUGGAAAGCUGGCCGGCAAGACCAGUGUUUUCAAGAAGGCGCAAACUCAGCAUCAGACCUGCCGCAAGGAGCGCUCUUGCAAACACGGUUGCUUGUGGGCCACGAGGAAUCGGACGCGCACACUGCCCACUCCACCUGCUCCGCCACUGAGAGCCAGCUUGGAGACUGCGUGCCAGGUGGUCCGGGAGUUCAACAAAGCGAACAGCUCGGAUUGCGCCAAGCAAGAGGGCGAAUCGGAGGAAGCGUACACUCGCAGGCUCCGUGAGUACUACGAGGCACGGAACCUGGAAGUGAGGGAAGCCGAGGAGAAGUGCGACAGGGCCACCGUUUCUUUGGAGAACAAGGUUGCGGAGUGCAGCGGUUUGAAGGACACCUGGUCAGGCAUCCGCGAAGCUUGUGGCCGCGAGCAGGACACAAUGGACGAAGCUUCCUGCGACAUCCAAGAAGAUGAGACCAGCGUCUGUCAGGAGUACUCCCGAUGCUAUGAGCAGGCCACGGCUGCCUACAACCAGGACUUGGAGGCGGUGAAGCAGCAACAGGCAGACCUUGCAGACGAGUGGGCGGCGCUGCUGCGCAUGCAGUGCCUGCUCCAAGUCUUUGCUAAGGAUGCGGACAAGCAGGCGGCGCUGGCGACGUGCAAGGGCCAGGACCAUGCCAGCGAGGUGGCCAGCGCGACGAGUUUGAGGUUCCCGUCCCCUGUGCCCAAGACCGCCCAACUCUGCAGCGCCAUCGGCGGAGCUGCAGCCAACUCUCAUUACAUCGUGCAGCAUUAUGGCAGCCUGCCCAAGAACGCCCAGGCCAAGACCUGCUCGGCCUCCUGUUGCACCAAGUGCAGCGAGUUCCUGUGUCCCCACGGCUUCGUGAACAUCGACCUGGCCGAGCAAAAGAUCGGAAGCCUAGCGGAGUCCUGCUGCGUGGAAGGGAGCCUCUUCUCCAACAGCAAGCUGGUCAGUGAGAAGCAUCAGGGCUUGCCCCUCGGCCAAAGCUACGACUGCUGCUCUGGGGAUGUCUUGCUUGGUUUGUUGGGUGUUAGAUCUUUCGACCCGUGA